AAUUUAAUAUUAUUAUUUAUUAUUUUGUAAAAACUUUUAAAAAUUCAAAUCAGAAAAAAAUCUUAAAUUAAUUGUAUCUGUUAAAUUUGGACUUUUGACAAAUGUUAGUUGUAGUAAAACCAAACCAAAUCAUACCAAAUAGAUGAGCAUCGAUCAGUGCCAUUUUCAGGCACGCAUGUCAGGUUUGAGUGACUCAGAUACAGCUAGAAGUAGGUCUAAUCAAGCUAUGUGUUCUGUCUCUCUCUCACACUGUUGUCUUUUGCAGUUUCCUUCCGCAUGCCCUCUUCACGGCACGGCGACAGAUGUACCCCAUUUCAACACAUGCCAACGCAAUCUGCCCUACAUGCACGCUCUUACCUCACCACGUAUCUUCCUCCAUUUCUCCCCUCCCCUCCAAGCCUUUUCCCUUCCACCAAUAACACCCUUCCCUCCUCCUUUCCCCAACAUGCCUAGUUCCUCCCAUAUCCCUCUCAUUGCCAUGUGUCCUCCAUUCUUUGUCGUUCUCAACACCCGUUGCAUUUCUUUCCCUGUCUGUUUGCCUUGCCUGGGAUAUGAAAAAGAAGAGGAAAGAGAGAAGACGUCCGGACUCCGGCCGACCUAACCACACCAGAACUGGAUUAAAGUAACCCUGGUUAGGGUUAGCGUAACCUUAACUCACGUGGAGGAGUAGGUUACCCUAUAUUUUGUUUAGGCCACACGCUAUUUUGAAUUCAUUUGACUAUUUUACCCUUUGUUAAUUUUUUUCCUCAACACACUUUUCAUCUUUCUUCUUUUCUUUUGGGUUUUCUCCUUUCAGUUAUUUCUUUCCCCACGACAAACAGGAUUUUAUAUUUACAAAAAAAAAAAAAAAAAAAACCCUGGAUUUUAUGGGUUUGGAUUUGAAGUAGUGGGAAUAAGGCUUGGAUUUGGAGGAGGCUGGGUGUUGCUAGUUAGGGUUUAUGGUGAAAUCGAAGCAGAGAGAGUGGGGUUUGAAAGUAGAGAUUAAGGGCAAGAGGAUGGAAGAAAUUAAAGAGAAGAAGAAAAAAAAAAAGAGCCUCUUUUGACGUAAGAAACAAGAUUGCUUCUUUCUAGAUCAUUAAUUGAAAUGUAUUGCCAGGACCAGGAUCUCUUAGUCCAUGCUAGUUUCUGUCUUUUUCAAUCUAGCCAUAAAUUCUCCGUUUGAAGCUUUUCCGAAAACAAGAAUAAGCAUUUCUCCCCAUUAGAAAUUUCCUUGUACUUGUACAAGCUUACAGGGCAAAGCUCUUUCUCUCUCAUUGUUUGGUUGCUUAGAAAAUGUUAGAAAAUUUGUAAAAAGUGGCUCAAAUUUUUGAAAUCU